AUGAACGACCGAACGACCCCGCACAGCUCACUUAGCCUUUCUCCGUUUUCAUCGCUCCUGUACAUCUUGAUCCAAUCCAAGUUAAUCUACUAUCCGCUGCGUCUCCUUUACCCAACUCCACCCGAUCCAGGACUUGACGACGAUGAUGUCCCUGACAAUGCUGAGAUUGAUAUCAUUGCCGUUCAUGGUUUGAAUCCAAGGAAUAAAGAUGACGAGGAGCAUGCUUGGGACACUUGGCGCACUCCACCCGGAGAGCAGGGAAAACUGUGGCUUCGGGACAUGUUGCCAAAGAAGGUCCCGAAUGCUCGCAUCUUUUUAUACCAGUACAAUUCGUCCGUCGUUUACAGUUCCGAUCGCAGAACGUUCCUGGACAAAGCGAAUGAUUUCCUUGAGGAUGUUCGGCUGAGCCGAACGAACGAUCCGCAACGCCCGCUGCUGCUUGUUGGUCACAGCCUCGGUGGACUGUUGAUCAAGCAAGCGCUUAUCAAUGCGUAUAACAAUGAAGUCUACAGCGACAUCAAGAUGGCUACCAAAGGGCUCGCAUUCUUUGCGACUCCCCACUAUGGUGGACGUGCAUCAUUAGUUCGCAUUGGAGAAGUUGCUGCAAAAAUAGCAAAAGGGCUCGGUUUCCGAAAAGGAGAUAAUAUCAUACACGUCCUCAAGGAUGGCACACUCUUCACCAACCUGGUCGAUGAGUUGUGGAAACAACGGUUGCUUGAUUAUCCUAUCGUGUCGUUCUGGGGAUCACGUGAUGACGUGGUAUCUAAAGAAGCAUCGACAUUUGGUCUUCCCGGCAAGCAAGAACGUGUCGUGUGCCUCGAUGCUGAUCACAACAGCAUUUGUAAAUUUGGAGAUUCUCAGGAGGAUAGGGAUAAUUGGAAGAAAGUGCGGGGAAAUAUUGUGGAGCUGUGCCAUGAUGCUCUCAGCAUGGACGACCAAACCGUCGAGCAGCUCAUUGCCAACCUCGUAAAGCAACUACUCAGCAACAAGUUUCCACCACCAUCUUCAGUCACGGAUGCCUAUACUCGACAUAAGAAGUAUAAAUCACAACCAUCGUUGAGCGAUCUUGAAGGCAUGUUCCAUGCUGUUGCCGCACUGUACAAGGAUGGAGUCUUUGUUAUUGUUGAUGCGCUGGAUGAGUGCCAAAUGAGUGACAAUAUUCGUUCCAAAUUCAUUGAAGCAUUACUGCGCCUUCAGUCGAGGAAGAGUAAUGUCAACAUCCUCGCCACAUCCCGGCCUGUACCUGAUAUUGUGGAAGCCUUUGAUGGGUAUUCCCGACUUGAGAUAGUUGCCCAGAGGGACGACAUCGAGCGAUAUAUACGCAAUAAAAUGCCCAACCUGCGCGCUGUCUCAAAAUACCCGCACCUCCAAGAUGAAAUCAUCGACUGCAUUGCCAGUGUCGCAGAUGGCAUGUUCCUACUUGCUCACCUCUUCUUCGAAACCUUGAAAGAUAAAGUUAGCGCAAAACUUGUCCGUAAAACAUUGAAAGAGCUUCAAAACGACGCUAAGGAGAAGGAGCCAAAGCAUGCCCUAUUACGCCGGGCAUAUGACGAUGCAAUGGAGCGAAUCAAUGGGCAACCGGUCGGGUAUAAGAAGCUUGCCAAGCAUGUGCUAUCGUGGAUCAUCUGCGCCAAACGUCCUCUCCAAACAAUAGAGGUUCAGUAUGCGUGGGCUGUCAAGGACAGUGAGGACGAACUUGAUAAAACCGCGAUCCCUGAUGCCGAAGAUAUGCUUUCGAUAGCCGAGUUGAUCCACACCGACAAGACAACGAGGGCCGAGAGCCGCUACAUUGGGCAGCAGGGAAUGGCAAUACAGAUGUUGUUAAAACUCUGUUAUCGGAUGGCCGAAUCGACCCAGAGAGGGAGGAUAGAGAGGGCCAAACUCCGCUAA